AUGACUGAUGUUUAUAAGUGCCCGAAGAUCUCAAGAAAACUUCAGAAGCGCAAUGCAAAACUCCCACGCCGAAUGAAACGCCCCGUGUCGGAAUUAUCUAUCACACACCGCCGCCAGUCGCCAAUCGACAUCAAGAGCGACGUUGUUUGUCACGAUCCCGUGCAUUGCAAGCCCGACUCUCUGAAUAUCCACUACACCAUUGGCGACUGCCAUGAUGUCGAAUGUAGCGAUCACGGCUUCAAACGCUUUCGGCUAGCCAUCUUCCUGGAACAUACCAACUGGCUCAGUUUCCAUGCUCACUGGAGCAAGGAUGGCUCAUGUGGGUCGGAACACCUACUCAAUGGAAAAGCGAUGAGCGGCGAGGUCCAUUUUGUGUUCUGGAACACCAAGUACGAGUCAUUCUGUGCUGCUGCCGAGAAGGAUGAUGGUCUGGCUGUGCUUGCCGUGUUCAUCAAGGAAGGGCACCACUCGAAGAACUAUGCGCCGCUUUUCGAGGUGAUCCGCAAAGCGAUUGACGCCAAACAUUCGAUGCACAUGCCAAGGGACUUUGUCCUCGAACAGCUUCUUCCGCCUCCUGGUAAGCGCGACUAUGUCACUUAUCUUGGAUCUCUAACCACUCCUCCCUAUUCGGAGACAGUCAUCUGGACCGUGCUCACCACACCGGUGGAGGUGUCGAAGGAACAGCUGAACAUCCUUCGCAAGAUCGUCUCUGCUAACUACCGCGAAUGCCAGAAGCUAUGUGACAGAACGAUAAAGGCAUCGACUGUGAAAGUCUAA